GUCAUGUUCAGAUGCAUUGGAGGGAAGACAUUACUUGACUCGGAAGCAUCAGAUCAGCUCCAGGUUAUUUCCAGUCAAGCUGGAUGUGUUAGCACGAAUAUAUUCACGGCAUAUUACGUGACGCCGGCUAGUCCGGCACCGAUUCUUUCCCUUAUCUCCUGCCAUGAAAUACCGAAUGGCGACGAUGGCCGAAGGAUGAUGAUGAUAUUGAUGAUGAGGAAAGAGAGUAGAGAGAAGAGGGUAGAGCGAGUGGGUAUGAUGGCGAUGGCGAUGGUGAUUGUGGAGUAUAAAUAUGGGAUGUUCGCCCUCGAUGAUGAGAUGGAAGAGUUCAUCAGUAUCACGGCAUACACUCAUAUACUCGAAGACUACGCAUUCCAGAGAUUUCAGUGAUUAAAUCAUACCUGGAUAUAAUUCUUUGCACAUAUAUACAUCAGACAGGUUCAUUCUACGAAAUAACUACGAAUCUGAAAAAAAAAAAUAAAAAAAACAAAAAAAAAAAAACUAGCAGCCAUGGCCAAAUACAACAAGCUCGCAGGGAAACACAUCGUCGUGAUCGGCGGAACGCGCGGAAUAGGCCGCGGCAUCGUCGAGGCCUCGCUCGAAUCGGGCGCGCGGGUGACGCUCGCCGGCUCAUCGCAGACAAGCGCAGACACAGCGGUGAAAUCCAUCAAAGCGGAGUACCACAACACCAACAACACGACGGGACAGCAUCUCCUCGGUCUAAGCUGCGAUCUCUCCGCCCAGGAUUCCACGGAAUCAGCCCUCGAGACCCUCCUCGCAACCGCAGCGGCUCGAAACGGAGAAGUCGACCACGUGGUCUACACGGCGGCAGACAGCCUCUCGCUGGGCGAUCUGCAGGCCGUCACGCCCGCGACCGCGCUGAAGGCGGCGCACAUGCGGUUCCUUGUCCCUGUGCUCGUGGGGAAGGUCGUAGAGCGCUAUUUCUCACGCGCGGAGAUGAAGGGACGUGGUGAUAAGAGCCUUGUCCUUACGACGGGGGCGAUUGCUUCGAAGCCUGCGCCUGGAUGGAGCGUGAUUGCGUAUUUCGCGGGGGGGAUUAAUGCUUUGACGCGCAAUCUCGCCCUCGACCUCGCCCCCGUGCGCGUCAACGCCGUCGAGCCAGGCAUCGUCAACACGGGGUUGUGGGACCCAGGGUACGCGAGCCUCGAGGAGCGCGAAGCCGGCCUCAUGAAGAUGACGGCGGGCCAGCCUGUCGGUAGGCCGGGGGCCGUCGAGGAGGUCGUCGAGGCGUAUAUGUAUCUCUUGCGCGACGCCAAUGCGACUGGCGAGACGGUGCGGACGAGGGGUGGCCAGCAUCUGGUUUAGCUUGGUUAGUUUCUAAUCGAUCUGCGAAAUAUAUUGAAUGGAGCGGAUUGAGGAGGAAUUGAUUGACUAUAGAUUAGAUUGGUUUAGCUACGUGAAGGAAUUCAUGGUUAUCUAGAGUGAAUAUAAAUGUUCAGCUUA